AUGUUGUUAAGUAUAAAAAGUAUCUUAUGGAUGUACUCUACAUUAGUUAUAACAUACAUGCUGCCGAAAGUUCAAGCAGAAAAAAAAACCCUGGUAAAGGGAUCCCUCUCUGGAACUUCAGUCCUGCCGUGCUUCUUUUCAACCACACCCACUAUAGCCUCCAGCUAUGCAGCUGAGUAUCUUCGAAUCAAAUGGUCAAAGGUUGAACUGGAUAAAAGUGGAAAAGAUGCAAAGGAAACCACAGUCCUGGUGGCCCAAAAUGGCAACAUCAAAAUAGGUCAAAGCUACAAAGACAGAGUGUCUGUUCCAGCCCAUUCAGAGGAGACUGGUGACGCUUCGCUGACUUUCUCUAAGCUGCGUGCAAGUGAUGCAGGGGUGUAUCGCUGUGACGUUAUGUACGGAGUUGAAGACACACAAGGUGUUGUAUCACUGGCUGUUGAGGGUGUUGUAUUUCACUAUCGUGCAGCAACCAGCAGGUAUACUCUGAAUUUUACACAAGCUCAGCAGACUUGUCUGGAAAAUGGUGCUGUCAUAGCCAGCCCAGAACAACUGAAAGCAGCCUAUGAAGAUGGAUUUGAGCAAUGUGAUGCUGGCUGGUUGUCCGACCAGACGGUUAGGUAUCCAAUUAGACAUCCAAGAAUUGGCUGCUUCGGAGAUAAAAUGGGAAAGAAAGGAGUCAGAACAUAUGGGCGCCGUUUUCCUAAUGAAACUUACGAUGUAUAUUGCUAUGUGGAACACAUGGAAGAUGAAGUGGUUCAUGUCUCAGUCCCUGAAAAGCUCACCUUUGAGGAAGCUAAAGAGCUGUGUCGGAAAAGAGAUGGUGUUCUUGCUUCUGUUGGGAACCUGUAUGUCGCCUGGAGGAAUGGCUUUGACCAGUGUGACUAUGGCUGGCUGGCGGAUGGCAGCGUUCGUUACCCAGCCUCAGUGGCAAGGCCCCAAUGUGGUGGAGGUUUACUUGGGGUGAGAACCCUGUAUCGCUAUGAGAACCAAACAGGCUUUCCUUACCCAGAUAGCAAGUUUGAUGCCUACUGCUACGAACGCCAAGAUCCAUGCAAAAGCAAUCCCUGCCUUAAUGGUGGUACCUGCUAUCCGCGUGGUUCGUUUUACAUCUGUACAUGUUUGCCAGGUUUCAACGGCGAGCAGUGUGAAUUAGAUAUUGAUGAAUGCCAAUCUAAUCCAUGCCGGAAUGGAGCCACGUGUAUAGAUGGCCUCAAUACCUUUACUUGCUUGUGUCUGCCAAGCUAUAUAGGUGCUCUCUGUGAACAAGACACAGAGACCUGUGAUUACGGCUGGCACAAGUUCCAAGGACAGUGCUACAAAUACUUUGCCCAUCGGCGUACAUGGGACACGGCUGAAAGGGAAUGCCGUCUCCAGGGAGCACACUUGACAAGCAUCUUGUCUCAUGAGGAGCAGAUCUUUGUGAACCGUAUUGGGCAUGACUACCAGUGGAUUGGCCUCAAUGACAAGAUGUUUGAGCGUGAUUUCCGCUGGACUGAUGGUAGCCCGCUGCAAUAUGAGAACUGGCGACCAAACCAGCCAGACAGCUUCUUUUCUGCUGGAGAAGACUGUGUUGUUAUAAUAUGGCAUGAGAAUGGGCAGUGGAAUGAUGUACCAUGCAAUUAUCACCUUACCUAUACCUGCAAGAAAGGAACAGUUGCUUGCGGGCAGCCUCCUGUUGUGGAAAAUGCAAAGACCUUUGGGAAGAUGAAACCUCGUUAUGAGAUCAACUCCCUUAUUAGAUAUCACUGCAAAGAUGGCUUCAUCCAGCGCCAUAUUCCAACCAUCCGGUGUCAAGGGAAUGGAAGAUGGGAUAUGCCUAAAAUUACUUGCAUGAAUCCGUCCACAUACCAAAGGACUUACUCUAAGAAAUACUACUAUAAACAUUCUUCAUCAGGAAAGGGAACAUCGUUAAAUUCAUCAAAACACUAUCAUCGUUGGAUCAGGACGUGGCAGGACUCAAGGCGCUGAGAGCUAAAUGGUGAAUGGGGAUUUCCACCAUUUCAGCCAAAGUCAUAACUUUCUGUGCCUUUUCUAUCACUUAUAGGAGUAUUAUCAAAUUGUUUUGAAACUAUGGACUGCGGUAUUCACAAUGCAUUUUGCAAAAAUAUGGUGUUUAUCAGAAAAUUAAAAAAAAAAAAAAGGAGAAGUGCUUAUGGGGAUAAAAGGAAACCAUUUCCAGCCUAUAAAGAUUAUUAGUUUUCUAUAUGCCAUCAGUGUGGACCAUUUUAUGAUAUAUACCAGCCUUCUGCAAUAUUUAAACAGCUCGAUUUUAGCACCAAUGAAAAUGUAAAUAAGAUGAUUUUAAUGUUGUUUAAUUGUGUGUUGUUUUUAAAAUCCUGUAUAUAAAAUGAAAAGUCACACUAAUUUCAGGCAUAUUUAUGGUUAGAACGGCCUCAGAGGUCUUCAGUCAUUUAUGACGUUGUUUUUAUGUUGUUUACCUAGGCUGGAAAUGGUUGAAAUAACUUCGCUGACUGAAAUUUGCUAUUAUCAGGUGAAGAUAAACACACAAGUUACAUGACUUUUU